AUGUCUGGUGCGGCGGCGCCACCCAUGAGCAGCCUGGAUCUCUUUGCAUUCGCAGCUGCAACAUCGAACGACAAACUAUACUUUGGUUGCGGUCCAAAAUUUCCCGUUGGACUUUGUGCUUGUAAGGUCAACAAUCAAAACAACUUAUACGUAUCCGAACCCCCGUCACAAAGAGUAGGAGGUCACUUAGAAUGGCCCUGGUGUGAUUCGGCAUCCUGCAAUACCUAUUGUGGCAAUAUAGCAUUGUCUGACGCGUCAUACCAAGGGAUUCAAGAUCCUUACAACGCUAAAGAAAAGAGCUUAGAGGGGAUAAGAACAACUACCCAGGGGAAAAUUAAGGGAUGUCUGCUAAGUAAUUAUCUGUUUACUUCUCUAAUGCAAGCAUGGGGAACAAAUGCAAAAUGA